UUCAAUAAUAACCUGCACGCUUUCUUAUCCCAUCUCGCGCGCAUAUUAAUAUUACUUCAAAAACCCUAACCCCUGUAAGCUUUUUAUUUCUCUCCCGUUCUCCGAUCAUUCUCGCAAGUCUCUCCUUAUUUCAGUCCCGCUUCUGCAAACUCUGUCCAAGUAAUAUCUGAUCAAUGGAUCCGCAGCCAGAGCCUGUGAGCUAUAUCUGUGGAGAUUGCGGGCAAGAGAGCACUUUGAAGCCUGGUGAUGUUAUACAAUGCAGGGAAUGUGGUUACCGCAUUCUGUACAAGAAGCGGACCCGUAGAAUUAUUCAGUACGAAGCACGCUGAGAACAGAAGCUUACUAUAAAGCAAGCAUGUGAUUGCAGAAGGUUUAAGCAACAGUUAAAUUACAGAAAUCAUCAUAUGUAUCUUUUGUGACUCUAGUUUGUGUAUAUGACUUUUCGUCGGUUUAGAAUUCAAACAUUUUGUGCUGGGAAAGUUAGUUGAAUUACCAAAAUGACAAUCUAGUCUUCUUUAAGUUGACUUGUGGUCUUAUCAACUACAUUUUGGAAUCCAAAGACAUUAAAUUACA